ACAUUAAUUGAUUACGCUAUGUAGAAAAUAUCCCUUAGAUAAACUGAAACAAAGGCAAAAUUGGAGCAUAGUUGAAUAGUUCAGAAUUCAGAUCUGCAAUUCCGUUCAACAAACUUAUCCGGACCAGCGCAUUCUGAUACCUACAACUUCUCACCAGCACAUAGGCGACACCCUUAGGUGAUGGCACUUGAAUGCUUCACAUGGACCACAGAACUGUUGGGUUCAUUACUUCAAACAAUAUGUAAAGUUAAUGAUGAUGCAGCUGACAGUACUUUUGAAUGUUUGCCCGAUUGUCUCGUCGUUGAUAUUCUGAGUAGACUUCCACCACAUACUUUUCUUAGAUGUCGAUGGGUUUGUAGGCAUUGGAGAGCGUUGGUUUCCUCACACGAUUGUUUUACCACCUUACAUGAUCUCUGUAGAGCUAGUACACCCACGCUUCUCAUACGUGAUGAUUUUGCAGACGACAGCGCUGGUCUUUAUGUUUUUGGUGAAAACAAGAAGUGGUGGAAGAAGGCCGCCUUCGAGAAAUUUCAUCUCAGAUCUGAACUUAUGAUUAAUAAGCACUGGAAAGACGUUAUUGUUAAUCUUUCAUACUCUUGUCAAGGAGUUCUUCUGUGUACUUCCAGAAGGAGGCAAUCUCCUUAUUAUGUUGUCAACCCAAUAACACAAGAGCAAGUAACUAUUCGACAUACACUUCACCCCGGCUACAUAAGAGCUCUGUAUUUUUGUCCCUGCACAAGACAAUUCAGAAUUCUUUACGUGCAAGUACGAGGCAGUUCUUGUCAGUAUUUGGUAUAUAUUUUCAAGACUCAGAAGUGGAGGAAAAUCCGUUCGUCCACCCCUUUCAACUUUGUAUCAGGUGGUGACAAUCCAGCAGUUGUUAAUGGAGCAUUGCAUUGGAUCACGCACCAUGAUUUAGAAAGAAAAGAUAUAGCUCCUUGUGAAAAUGGAAUCAUGGUUUUCAGAAUGGAUAAGGAAGAAUUCUCUGCUAUGCCUCAUCCGGGAAGUAGUACUGUGUGUAACUCAAAGCAAGCGCAUCAAACUAUGAUGCUUUCGGUGAAGGAUGAUCGGUUGUGUUUCUCUAACUUGCUUUUCCGUACGUAUACAGUGGAUAUAUGGAUCUUGGAGGACUAUGAGGCGCAGAUAUGGAUCAAGAGGUACAAGAUUGAUCUCUUAAAUGAGAGAAUUUUCCCUUUUAGUUCGCGUCUCAUGGGCAUUCUACGUGGUAAUGGCGACACUGAUGGGUGGAUAAAGCUUUUGUGCAUCCAUGAAGGUGAACUUUUGCUUCAAUUCCAAAUUGAUCAAGAGUUAUUUCUUUAUAAUUUAGAUUAUAGAACUGUGAAGAAAAUCGAAUUGCCGCGAAACAAAAUGUUUUGUUAUACUUGUAUGCCUUAUACAAAGAGUUUCCUGGCAAUAGCAUAAUUCCCCUAUUCUUAUUAUUAUUAAUCUUUCUACUUUUAGUGUAUUUUUCCUAAAGAAAGUUAUCGAGUGGUGUAUUUAGUAAUGUCAAGGUUUGCAUGUAGAAUGUUGGCAUGUAUAGUUGUACUUACAUUGUUUGGAUGUUGGUUUCCUAUGGUAUGGUUAAUACGAGAACUAUGUUUAUUUUAA